AGCGUGUACGUAGUGCGUCGUGAGAAAAUUGGCAUAUUUUGUGAGAAUGGAGCCCUUGUUUCAGCUGCACUUCGAAGACAUCGAUAUUAUGCUGAUGAACGUGAAGCGGAGAUUGAUGCUGGACGACGAAUCUGUCCAGAUGAUGUGCGUCGAACGACUAUGUAACCUGUUUAAAAGUGGUGGCGCUGCGUGCUGCCAGGAGGUUCUUUCAAAGCUGAUCAAAUACGACGUUCUUUCGACAUUGUUUGAAAUUCUACACACACCCAACGAUCGUCUUCUACCGUGUGUUCUCGAUUUUCUGAGCUUGGCAAGCGUGUAUCGUAAUUUUUACGAAUGUCACGUAGCCGCGGACGCCAUGGACUCCAUUUUGAAAGUAACAAUUUGCGUUCUAAAAUCUCGAUGCAAGGAGACGCGAGUACUGGAGAAACUAAUUAACGCCACUUACGAAAUACUGCACAGAGCUGUGAAAUUUAACAUGGAACUGGGCACAGUCUGCGCUCCGAAGCAGGUUCUGUUCCUUCUGAAAUCUUUGAUUCUGGAGGAGAAGUUGGACCAGAAAUUAAAAUUCCUCGCGGUCGCGUUGCUGAAUAUCGUUCUGCAGAAUAUAGACACGGAAGACGAGCCGGGGGAGGGUGCUUUCGAAAUUUGCCACAAAGCACUCAACUUAAUGAAAGAGAUUGUUGAGUACAGCGACGAUGACGCCUCGAUUACGCUUGCUGCAACCGCGCUGGCUGCUGUUUGCGCUUCUGGUGCUCGGUUGUGCGAUGGGAACGGCGACGAUCGCCGAAUUUUCGACAAUGUCGAGCAAAGCAGGGCGUCUUUGGCGAAGACUAUCUACCUGGCGACGAUGAACACUCUGAUACCCUACGCUAAAAGCACGGAGCCAAACGAAACGGGCAGGCUCGAAUUCCAUCGGAGCCUGGUGACUUGUCUGAACAGCCUUUACAAGCUGAGCAACUGCAGCCGCGACGACUUGUCAAACCACUUGACCGCGAACGGAUAUCUGAAGUACUUCUUGCUUUUAACCACCAGGCUUCCAGAGAAUCUGCGUCGCAGCACGUGCGCGCUCCUGUCGCGAAUCGUGACCACUCUGAGCGAUAAAUCAUUGUCGAUCAAUCAGUGGCCCGAGGGCGCGACUGGCUUCGAGAAUUUAAUGCACAGGGGACUGCUCGACUUGCCGAGAGACUCCCAGCAGUGGAACGACGUCGUUGCCCGUCGAGGAAACAGCGCGAUCGCGCUGAUGAUGUUAACGUAUUAUCAUUACCACGGCACUAGAGAAAGCGACAUGAUAUGCCUGAGGGCCUUGAUAACUUGGAUCGUCGGUCUGCCCAAGUCUCAGCAGAUUUCAGAGCAAAUUCUGAAGGUCCUGUGGUUUCUGUUCGCCAUCGCGUCUGUCUCCCAUCCCUCACCGAACUCGGAACAGGAUUACGGCAAGGCAGCGACGCGAUUGGCCGCCGCGUUGCAAUAUUCCAGACUGAACGACUGCUACACUCACCACAUUGAUCUCCUUCGCUAUUGUUUAACCUGCCCCGACGUUCCCAGACAUCUCAGGAACAAAGCGCUGGACUUCUGGCUGGUGGAGUCCGACGGAGACAUCAAGCCUCUGUUAACUCUAGAUCGCGACCAAGUCGUUCGACAUUAUUUAUUGCUCGCCAUACAGACCGGGUACUCGGAGAGGAUAAUUAACUUGGCGAUGAAGGGGGUCCGCGAGAUGAUACGCGUCGACAACGCCAAGGAGAUCGCUGAAAUUGCCUGGCACAUGCUCCCCAGUCUUCUUUCGUCUUAUCAGCGGGAUAAAGACGAGCAGAUCAAGGCGGUGCUAGAGUUGACGAACAUCUUUAUUCCUCACUCUCUGUCCCUGAGCGUCAGGAAUCGUUGCGCGGACAGCCUGAUGGCCAUCGUAUUAAGAAGAGAGGCUGAUGUAAAAUUGAGGACACUGGCGGUAAUGCAGUCGUACGUCUUGCUGGUCACGUCCGCGACGAGCAAACCGUUCAUGGUAAUCGAGAAGUGCAUCGGAACUCCGAAUUUCCUGGAGGAGUUGCUCGUGCAGGGAUUCUCGGAGGACGCUCCGGAAUUGUCAGCUGUUUGUUUGAAGCUGCUGGCGUUUAUUAUUCACUGCCAGGAGAAAUCGUCGAUACAGCGCGAUGAAUCAUUGUCGAUCAGCGCCCAAAGCCUAGCAGAUUUACUUUUCAAUACAAGGACGUCUGUCCACUGCUCGAUCAAUGGGAUGCAACUCGCGCUGGAACUUUUGACGCAAAAUAUCGAUGGCUGCGCUGUUAAGCUGGACGAGGCUGCGAGCAGCGGUGACGGAGCCCGAGGAGUUCUCAACCUUUUCGAAACUCUUCACAUCAUACAUGGCAAAAGCAUCCCGACGCAAAGGGAUAUAGCGUGCCAGUGUCUAGAAGGUGUGCUAAUCUUCUGUCACAAGCACGUGGAGUCUUUGUUGUACGAAUUGUGCACAUCCAUGAGUAACGACGGCCUGGUGGCGAGCACCCUGAGCACGCGUUACGUUUCCUGCCACUUCCUGGAGUUCGUCUCGACCUGGCUGCGCUGCCGGAGAAAGUACUGCAACGACGAGGGACCGUGGAACGAGAGAUCUCUCUGCAAGACACCCUUCGAGGAGACUCUGGAUCGGCUUAGGAACUACGUCAAGGCCACCGAGAGCACCAGAACGGACGAUGCGUUCAACAGUCUUCGCUACGCGAUUUCUGCCAGCCUCGUCCGGCCCGACUUACGUUCCAGCAGUUAGGUGAGUGUGUGCCAUGGCCUCUUUAUACUGAAUUGAAUUUUUUAAGUAAAUCGCAUCGAUCCUCUUUUGUAAAUUCCUAAUAUUUUAAUCCACGAAUGCUUUUACCUAGCUGAUUAUAUACCAAUAACGAAACAAGAUAGGAAUUCGACGAAUCGGAGGACCAUUGCUUAGAUAUUCGU